AUGCCUAUGUACUUUCCGUUAUCGGCAUUGCUUUCUUCACGCAGUGGUAUGCAUGAAUUUGCUGCACUCUCUCCGGGACAACUAAUUCAUUCUGCCCAGUUUCCUAUUCGGCGUCGAGUCCAUCAUAGCGAACCGGAGUCUGAACGAUCUCCACCCUUAGCUUUGGAUGCCUAUCCUUCGCGGCAGCAAGUUACUAAUACCACAGCGAAUGUAGCUAAUGCCGCCUCUGAGCUUGUGUCUCACAAUACGCCUAUUGUACCUGGAGCCUCUACAGGCCUGACCACAUCCAGCACUAGUCUGGACAAACUGCGCACUAACUUUUUCGCUUGGUCUUGCCGUUGGUUUGCUCAGCCUCUUCUACCCAAAUACGAGCCAACUUCAACAACGCCUCGUAGCUCCACUCAUGCUACCUCGUCUGUACUCACUCCUCCGCCUAUUCUAUUACUAUCUCAAGCCUCAGCUGGGCAACCCGGACAUGGCUGGCGCCAUCACGAUGCUCUACAGACGCAUCCUGUCUCGGGUAACGUAGCCAUCUCUAUCUCCUCUACACGCAGUGUGAUCAAGUCGGCGUCGUCACCUGAAACAAGGGCACUAAUAACUAAGACUGUAGGGACUCCUAUCGACCGCCAGAACAAGGACUAUACGGUCAUUGAUAAGUGCAAAACUGGUUUGAGCGCAGGUGGACAAAACAGAGAGGAUGUACUUACUACUUCAGAUACCACUACAGCAGUUGGA